UCUGUUUCUCAAUGUUACUACAGGACAACUGGAAUUAAGUCUGAGGCCGGUAACAUCAAUAGUGAGGACAAACCCAGCCUGCCUCUCUCCUUCCACACUGAGUCCAGACCUACAGUCACUGGGUCCUAAAUGUGACAGUGGACCCCAGUUUGCACUGCAGGAUCCAGAGAUGACAUCAGUGAAGCUGGAAGAUUGCAGUCAAACAAUGGAGCUGAAUGUCAGCAUUAAAGAUGAAGAAGAUAAGAUUGAGAAAUCUCUUUCUCAAGGAGACCAUGUUGAGACAUUCUCUACAUCCAGAGAGAAACAGCAGGAAGAUCACAGAGCUAAGAGGUCUCACCACUGUCCACAUUGUGAGGAGAAUUUUUCAAUUCUAUCAAAGCUAAAAUUACAUGUAAAAAUACACACAGGAGAGAAUCUGUUUUCCUGUACUGACUGUGGGAAGAGAUUCACAACCUCAAAGGCUCUGACAGUUCAUCAGAGAGUGCACCGAGGAGAGAAGUCAUACCCCUGCUCUGACUGUGGGGCGAGUUUCUCUCAACUGUGCACCUUAAAAAGACAUGAACAUAUACAUACAGGAGAGAAGCCUUACUCCUGCUCUGACUGUGGGGCGAGUUUCUCUCAACUGUACAACUUAAAAAGACAUGAACGCAUACAUACAGGAGAGAAGACUUACUCCUGCUCUGACUGUGACAAAUGCUUCAAAAGAUCAACUGCUCUAAAGGUUCAUCAGAGAACACACACAGGAGAAAAGCCUUACUCCUGCUCUGACUGUGAAAAAUGCUUCAAAAGAUCAACUGCUCUAAAGGUUCAUCAGAGAACACACACAGGAGAAAAGCCUUACUCCUGCUCUGACUGUGGGAGGAGUUUCUCUAAACUGUACAACUUAAAAACACAUGAACGUGUACAUACAGGAGAGAAGCCUUACUCCUGCUUUUACUGUGAAAAAAUCUUCAGAACAUCAUCUGAUCAAAAAGUUCAUCAGAGAACACACACAGGAGAGAAGCCUUACUCCUGUUCUGACUGUGGAAAGCGAUACUCUCAACUGGGCCACUUAAAAACACAUGAACAUAUACAUACAGGAGAGAAGCCUUACUCCUGCUCUGACUGUGAAAAAUGCUUAAAAACAUCAGCUGAGCAAAAAGUUCAUCAGAGAACACACACAGGAGAGAAGCCUUACUCCUGCUCUGACUGUGACAAAUGCUUCAAAACAUCAACAGAUCGAAAAGUUCAUCAGAGAACACACACAGGAGAGAAGCCUUACUCCUGCUCUGACUGUGAAAAAUGCUUCAAAACAUCAACAGAUCGAAAAGUUCAUCAGAGAACACACACAGGAGAGAAGCCUUACUCCUGCUCUGACUGUGAAAAAUGCUUCAAAAGAUCAACUGCUCUAAAAGUUCACCAGAGAAAUCACACAGGAGAUAAGCCUUACACCUGCUCUGACUGUGGAAAGAGUUUCUCUCAACUGGGCGACUUAAAAACACAUGAACGUAUACACACAGGAGAGAAGCCUUUCUCCUGCUCUGACUGUGAAAAAUGCUUCAAAACAUCAACUGAGCAAAAAGUUCAUCAGAGAACACACACAGGAGAGAAGCCUUACUCCUGCUCUGGCUGUGGAAAGAGAUUCUCUCAACUGGGCCACUUAAGAAGACAUGAACUUAUACAUACAGGAGUGAAGCCUUACACCUGCUCUGACUGUGGAAAGAGUUUCUCUCAACUGGGUGACUUAAAAACACAUGAACGUGUACAUACAGGAGAGAAGCCUUACUCCUGCUUUUACUGUGAAAAAAUCUUCAGAACAUCAACUGAGCAAAACGUUCAUCAGAGAACACACACAGGAGAGAAGCCUUACUCCUGCUCUGACUGUGGAAAGAGUUUCUCUAAACUGGGGGACUUAAAAACACAUGAACGUAUACAUACAGGAGAGAAGCCUUACUCCUGCUCUGACUGUGGAAAGAGUUUCUCUAAACUGUACAACUUAAAAAGACAUGAACGUAUGCAUACAGGAGUGAAGCUUUAAUCCUGCUCUGAUUGUGUAAAAUGUUUCACAACAUCAACUGACCUAAAAGUUUGUCAGAAUUCACACUGGAGAGAAGCCUUACUCCUGCUCUUAAUGUGGCAAGAGUUUCUCCCGAUUGGAAAAUACAUAGUUGACCGAAGCCUUAUCAAAGCACUGACUGUGAGAAGAUAUUCUACAGAUUGGGCCAUUUAAAAAGACACCAAUGUGUACAUAAAGGAGAGAAGCCUCAUCAGUUCUCUCAGACCAGCUAAGAUUAGACACUCCACUUCAUUCUCAUGUCAUUAAAUAAUUGGCAACAUUGAAUUGGAUCAAAUGAAGCGUAGAUCUCACUAUUGUAAAAAAAAAACAUUUAAGGACACCUGCUUUUUCCAUGACAGACCAGGUUGGCUAAGGAAUGUGAACACUGGAAAAUUGGAAACAUGCUGCCUGGUCUGAUGAAUCCCUGUUCCUGCUGUUUCAUGCUGAUGGGAGGACUGGGGUAUGGAGGAAACCACGAGUACAUACAUCCAGUGGUGGAAAAUGUACCUAACUGUCAUACUGAGUGAAAGUAAUGAAACCUUAAUAGAAAAUUACUCAAGUAAAAGUGAGUCACCCAGUAAAAUACUACCUCAGUAAAAGUCUAAAAGCUUUUGGUUGUAAAU